CUUGGCAUAAAAAAAAAAUAGAAAAACAGCAAAAAGAGUUUUUAAGUAAAAUUCGAUAUUUAAAAAAACGUCCGAAAAGUCGCGAAAUAAAAUCGAAUACGAAACCUAUUGAAAGUGAAUGUUACGAAAUUGAAAGCCGCAAUAGUAAUCGCCAGCAGGGAAAGCGUUACCUCGUAAAGAAUUACUAUUUGUGUCUGCAAUUGCAAUUAAUUAGAUAACAACUGCUGCUUAGAAAUUCGCGCGCUUUUCGUCAAUAUUUGUGUUCCAAAAAAAAAAAAAAAAAUUCCAUUAUUAUUAACUUCAUCAUCAUGUCUGCUGAUAAUUUCGAUGCCCCUUUACAACCACCACAAUCGCCGAAUGAUGACACUUUACCGCAACAAUUUGAGGAUCUCUUUUUAAAUUGUCACUUUUCUGCUGAGAGUGACGAAGAGAAUGAUUUAACUGGAGCAACAGCCACGAACAACGAUCAACCAUUCUGCUGGGUAUUUGGAUAUGGUUCAUUAUGCUGGAAUCCUGGUUUUGAAUACGAAAGAAGUAUUACCGGUUAUAUAAAGGGUUUUGUGCGUAGAUUCUGGCAAGGCAAUGUUACACAUCGUGGUACACCCGAAAAGCCUGGUCGUGUAGCCACACUUGUGGAAGAUAAUGAGGGAUUAUGCUGGGGCUGCGCCUACAAAAUAACUGGACAAGUUGCUUUAGAUUAUUUAAAGCAACGCGAAUGCACGUUAGGUGGUUAUAGAACUGUAAAAACAAAAUUUUAUCCACGCAUUUCUUCAUAUGAGACGCCCUUCAUUGGUAAAGCCGAAGAAGUAAUAGUUUAUUUAGCAGAUAUCCAUAGCCGGCAUUGGCUAGGUGAGGAUAUACCUGAACGUAUAGCUCAACAAAUUGUUGAAUGCCGUGGACCAAGCGGACAUAAUGCUGAAUAUUUAUUACGUUUGGCGCAAUUCAUGCACGACGAAUUACCGGACGUUGAUGAUGAGCAUUUAUUUGUAUUGGAAUCUUUGGUUUUAAAUGAAUUGCAACUACGUAAAAUACCGUUGGGAUCUGUAAUGGGUGCAAAUCCGGCACAAAUACGUCGAGAUGAUGAUUUACGUGAACAUUUAAAAAUGUCGGCCAACUUUCAAUUUACUUCUCGUAUGCCAGAACGCAAAUUGCGUUGUUUAAAUAUUUAAAGACUGUUUUAGAAAUAGUAAUAAAAGC